GGAUUAUUGGGCGUGUUGGUUCUGGGGAUGAUCCCAGCUGCGGCGGGGAUUCUGGAACGGAGUUGAUCCCGGGAGUGUGAAUCCAGGCGGGGACGUGAGCGGCUGGGGGCUGAUGUGCCCGCGUUGGGACGUUUCCAGGGAUGCUCGGGCUGCCUUGGCAAUGGGUUUAUUCCGCCGCCGUUGACGUCAUGAGGCAGAGGGAGGUUCAGGCAGUGCCUCAGCCGAGAUGGCGGCUCGCCUCAGUCCGGGGAAGGUGCAGUCGUGCUGAGCGGACCCGCCGGGUGAUGCUGCGGGGUGCAAUUUCGCCGUGAAUCAUCCGCUCGCCGUCAUCGCCACUCGGAGCGUGUCCGCGGCUGCAGGUGGAUCGUCGCCCCGCACCCUUGCACCCGCUCGGGACCAUGGCCGCAGAGGGUGAGCUGCUCAAGGCGCAGAGCGUGGAGCAUUACAAGGCUGAGGUCGAGAGGCUGGCGAAAGAGCUGUCCGAGACGACCCACGAGAAGAUCCAGGCUGCAGAGUACGGGCUGGUGGUGCUGGAGGAGAAGCAGUCGCUGAAGCAGCAAUACGACGAGCUGGAAAGCGCCUACGAGACGGUCAGACACGAGCUGGAGCAGCUGAAAGAGGCAUUUGGACAGGCAUAUUCCAACCAUCGCAAAGUCGCAGAGGAUGGCGAGACCCGUGAGGAGACUCUUCUGCAAGAGUCUGCUUCGAAGGAAGCAUAUUACCUUAGUAAGAUUCUGGAGCUGCAGACAGACUUGAAGCAAGCCAGGACCGUUGUGGUAAACGUGCAGUCUGAAAAUGAACGGCUCAGUGCUGUUUCGUUGGAUCUGAAGGAGAAUAAUGAAAUGUUGGAGCUACAGCGAGUACGAAUGAAAGAUGAGAUUCGAGAAUACAAGUUUCGCGAAACACGACUACUGCAGGACUACACUGAGUUAGAAGAGGAGAACAUCACUCUACAAAAGCUUGUCUCAACCCUCAAGCAAAAUCAGAAGGAACUGCUUAACAUUUGGUCUGAUACAAUAAUGCAAGUGAUUUGCACCAUCACUAUUGUUCCCAGUAACAACAUGGUAGAAUAUGAAGGGCUCAAACACGAAAUUAAACGUCUGGAAGAGGAGACGGUGUUGCUCAAUAGUCAGCUGGAAGAUGCCAUACGGUUAAAGGAAAUUGCCGAACAUCAGUUGGAGGAAGCGCUGGAGACAUUAAAAAAUGAACGUGAGCAGAAGAAUAAUUUACGCAAGGAACUCUCGCAGUAUAUCAACAUGAGCGACAGCAUGUACAAUAACCAUAUAAACAUUGCUGUUGAUGGACUAAAAUUCUCUGAGGAUGGUAAUGAGCCUAAUAACGAUGAUAAAGUAAAUGGACACAUCCAUGGCUCAUUGGUAAAACUCAAUGGCGAUUACCGAACAUCUACAACCAGAAAAACUGACAACCCAGCUCUGGUCUCUGAUCUGUUCAGUGAGCUCAACAUCUCAGAAAUGCAAAAACUAAAGCAGCAACUUAUACAGGUGGAGCGGGAAAAAGCCAUACUCCUGGUCAAUCUUCAGGAAUCUCAGACACAACUGGAGCACACCAAGGGUGCACUGACCGAGCAGCAUGAACGAGUCCACAGUCUGACGGAGCAUGUGAAUGCCAUGAGGAGGCUCCAGGUCAACAAGGACUUAAAGACCGACCUGGAAAAUGAGAAAGGUCGUGAGUCUGGGGAAGAAACUCAUGACUAUGAAGUGGACAUCAAUGGGCUGGAAAUUCUGGAGUGCAAGUACAAGGUUGCAAUCACAGAGGUAAUAGACCUCAAAGCAGAACUUAAAAGUCUGAAAGAGAAAUACAACAAGUGUGUGGAGACAUACACCGAAGAAAAGACCAAAUACGAAAACCGUGUGCGAGAGCUGGACAAGCAAGUCAGCUGUCUGGAGAAAAUGAACAAGGAAUACGACGACAAGAUCACACACUUUGAAACAGAGAUUAAGUCGUUGACAGUCAUGGCAAACGAGGGACAUAACACACUCAACGCAGCGCAGGAUGAACUGGUGACCUUCAGCGAGGAGCUAGCACAACUUUACCACCACGUCUGCUUGUGCAAUAAUGAGACCCCGAACAGGGUGAUGUUGGACUACUACCGGCAAAGCAGGGUGACCCGCAGCGGGAGCCUGAAGGGACCAGACGAUCCUCGGGCUAUCUUGUCCCCACGGCUCGCCCGCAGAGGCCUAGCUUCGCCGGUUGACUCCAGAAACUCGCCAGAACAUUCACCGAAAGAGCCCGGGAAAGACAGUACACAGCAGAGCCCAACCAAGCCGGUCAGCACCAUGGGCUCACCCGCCGUAACGGCACCUCCCUCCUCACCUGUCUCCGACCCAAGCGACAUCAGGAAGGAGCCCAUGAACAUCUACAACCUGAACGCCAUCAUAUGGGACCAGAUAAAGCAUCUGCAGAAGGCUGUGGACCGGUCCCUACAACUGUCCCGGCAGCGGGCAGCCGCCCGGGAGCUGGCCCCGAUGAUUGACAAAGACAAGGAAGUUCUGAUGGAGGAGAUCCUGAAGCUGAAGUCACUGCUGAGCACCAAACGCGAGCAGAUAGCCACCUUACGGACAGUUCUGAAGGCAAACAAGCAGACAGCAGAGAUUGCCCUGGCAAACCUGAAGAGUAAAUAUGAAAAUGAGAAGACCAUGGUGACCGAGACGAUGAUGAAACUGCGAAACGAACUCAAGGCCCUGAAGGAGGAUGCAGCCACCUUCUCGUCCUUACGUGCCAUGUUUGCCACCAGGGAAAAGAGCUGGUGGGCGGAGCUUCUGAACAACGGGGCAGGUAGACGGAUUGCAACAGGAACCCACUCCACUGAGUGCUUUCCCCUCAUUUUAAUCCCAGCUCAAGUGCUCAGUGUAACUUUAUAUCUGAGGUGUGACGAAUACGUGACGCAGCUGGACGACAUGCAGCGGCAGCUGGCAGCGGCCGAGGAUGAGAAGAAGACGCUGAACUCGCUGCUGCGUAUGGCGAUCCAGCAGAAGCUGGCCCUCACGCAGCGCCUCGAGGACCUGGAGUUCGACCACGAGCAGUCUCGGCGCAGCAAGAGCAAAGUGGGGAGAAGCAAAGUUGGCAGUCCUAAAGUAAGUGUGGAAGCAGAGGCAGGCAGCAUCCCUUUCCCAGCUGCCGUUGACAUUCUGACUCUGAUUGCUCAGAAGUCAGAGCAAUAAGCGUGCGUCAGGCAGUCAACAGUGGUGCUUUAAGGAUGGGACAUUGCAGUGGCAUUGGUAGGACUAAAAGCCAGUGUAAAAGAGAGUUGAUCACAUGCGUCAGAGAUGAAAUCUGCAGCAACAUUCCUCAUUGAGAGCGAAUAAUUGUUCCUGUUUUUAAUUUUUCAUAACCUGACAUUUGUGCUUUUGUUUUAUAUUAGUAUGUGAUUUUAAUUGACCUUUCAGGAGAGUGGCUUUUUUCCUAACCCUGAUAGCCCUUGCAGUUUUCAAGUAUUUAUAUUAAACACUGGCAGAGAGCAACUGUGUAGUUGCAAUGUCUGAUACGAUGCCUGUCUCUGAAGACCCCUACUCUUUCAAACUAACCUCACCCAAAGGAAGAGCUUUACUCUCAUGCAGUGCUCAGAUAUCAGAAUCAGAUUUAUUAUCACUGUCUUAUAUGACUUGAAUACUUUUUGAUAGUGAACAGAAAGCAUUGGUAGAUAUCUGCUGACUUUAACAAAUCCCCACUUCUGACCUCUUCUCGUUCUGAGGGUGAGGAAGUGGGUAAAAAGGGGGUCUGUUGUCACCUCUGCACCGAAGUACCAUUAACAUUCAUCUAUACUGUUGCUUUUUAUCCAGCCCUUGAAAUAUAUUCAUCCAUGACUAAUCCAAUUAACUGGGAAGGAAACAUGGUCUAGGCUGUAGAUUUCGCUGUGGCUUUUGUGCAUGAUGAGGUAUGAAAAGUAGUCCUGGUUAAGAUUCCAGUUAAUAAUGUUAGCCAGUCUGACUAGAUAAGAUCAACGUUUUCAGACAGAGUCCAGGGAACAACCUUGCCCUGGUUUGAAAAUGAUCAACUUUAAGUAUUAAAUAUCCUUUAGGAUCCAUUAGGUCAUAAAUUAUGAUUUAUGAAGUGUGGCUGUAGGUUGAGGUGUAAUACUAUAAAUUCCACGAGAGAGCUCUGAAAAUACCAAAAGCCAUUAGUGGUCCCAGAGUGGGUUAUCAAUCUCUCAUUAGCAAGUGAAGAAACUGUAGCCCUCAAUAUGGUAUGUAGUACAUCUGAUUUUAUGUCAAAAACAUUUAUUGUACACAAUCUUAACAUUUAAGUUUAUUUGUAUUUGAAUUCAGUCUUUUUAUGCUGAAACUGUUUGCUAUCAACAAGAUGAUAAGAAUAUGGUAAUUUUAGAUGGAGUUACAUCAGGAAAUUAGUGGUGCUCGAAACAAGGGUAGUACAAUAAUGAAUGUGAUUUUUCUGUAUUGAAUCCAAUAUACAGUAAUAGAACAUAGAACAUUACAGCACAGUUGGCCCUGAUGUUGUGCUGACCUUUAGCCUACUCUAAGAUCAAUCUCCUUCCAUUUUCCUAUCAUCCAUGUGCUUACCUAAGAAUUUCUUAUAUGUCUCUAAUAUUGGAGGAAGACUGUGCAGAGCAUUCAAGAUAGCUUGCUAGAUGCCACAUACAGAAAUCAACUCGGUAAGAUCCAGUAUUGUGCAGUGAGUCAGGACUAAUUAAUUACUUUGCAGUAAGUGAGGAUCCAGAGUCAAAGGCUCAGAAUAAGGGAUCAGCCGUUCAAAAUCAGAGCUGAGAUUUUGUUUUGUUACAAAUCUUUACAACCCUCUGCCCCAAGGACUAUUGAUUUUUAAAUGCUGAAUAUUAAAGGCAAGCUUGAUUGAUUUUGUAUGUGAAGAGGGUCAAGGGAUAUGGAGGUGAUGCAGUUAGUUAGAACUGAAUAGAAAGGAAGCCAUGAUCAUCUCGUAAGGCAGAACAAGUUUGAAGCACUAAAUGGCCCACAUUGCUGUUAAAUUCAUUUAACAAAAACAGCCAGAAAAUUUGGCUGAUACCUAUUUCUUAUGAUACUUUAAAUUUAUUCUGAAAUAAAGUAUUUAUUGUUUUGUGAAUAACAUAAGAAACAGGAGGAAGAACAGGCUAUCUAUCGAUAUCUAACGAUUUUUCACCUCAGCUCCAUGGAAAACGUCCUCACAGCAUCUACCCUGGCGGGACCCCUUCGAACGUUACAUAUUUAAAUGAGGUCAUUCUCAUUCAUUGAUCUUCUAAUAAGAAUUGGUCCAGUCUGCCCAUAUCUUUCCUCAUAUAUCGAUGCAUUCGUGUCAUCAAUUUAGGUGAUGAACCUCUGUCACAUUACCUUGAAAGCAAAAAUAUCGUAUUAAGUAGGAGAUCAAAAUGGAGCAUAGCUCUCUACAGAUGCAGCAAGACUUCCUUUUUUUUUGUAUUCAUUUACCUUUCUUUUUACCUGUUCUGAGUAUUGACUGGUCUCCUUGAACAUUAUGAUGUCACGCCCUUUAAAUAUUAGUUUUCUUCUCUAUUCUUCCUGCUAAUUUUCCUCAUUAAACCCCACCCAUUGACCAAUCACCCAAUUUAUCCCUAUUCCCCUUGCAGCCUCUUACAGCAUUUGCUUGUGAUAAAUUAUAGCACUCAAACCUUUCUUCCCCAAACAUUCUUCUGUGAUGCUUAUAAACAGCUGGCACUAGAGGGCACUUGAAGCACUUUAAUGGCAUCAUGGUGUGGACAGCAAGGUUGUGCAAUACUUCAUUUCUUCACUCAGUGAAUCUUUGUUUCAAAUCUUCAUUCAAACAGUAAUUUAAUAUUAAAUCUUUCAUAAAAUAUCCUUAAAAGACCAUGACUGUUUUAGAGUCAUUUACUUCCAGAUACGAAGAUCACAAGGGAGAAGUAAUCUUUUGGGAGACUAAUCUUUGAGAAAUAAUUUGUUUUAAAGCCACGUUUCAGAAACCAACCACGCCAACAGUCAGUGGGACAGGACUGCUAAAUAUUCCAAUAUUUACCAAUCUGGUAAAUAGCCUUUCAUAGACAUGGUUUGCAGCAUUAUUCAUUUUAUGAUUGUGGAUUAUAGUUCUAUGGUACAUGGAAUAAUAAUUUCAGAAUUAACAAAUUUGAAUAUCCAUUUAAUUAUAUUAAAGUACAGUUGAGCCCUAAUUUAUGUGGUCUCAUAAAUUAGGAUCUAGAAAAACAGCAUGGUAAUUGAAACAGCAUAACUUGAAGCAUUAAUUCCACUGAAAAUAUGACCAGGGACCUGAUAUUAAGACUUAAUAACUUUAUGUCAUACUAAAAGGAUUGAAAGACAAAAAAUAAUGGAAUAAAUAUCAUUAAACUUCACUUGCUAACUCCAACAAUGAAAUUAUAUAUUAAUUUCAUAUGAAGAGAUAGACUGCAGCUUGAAGUAUAAUUCUGAAUUCUUGGUCGGUUUCUUGUGGAGUCCUUAUAACACAAAAGGUUUGAUCUGUGCCCCUUUUAAAGCGGAAGCUAUUUUCCGUGAUGUGGCCUGAUCCUCAACCUUUGUUUGAGUGCUGAGUCACCGAGGAAUCUUGCAGACACUACAGUAGUGAUUGUUGGUUUAGCGGACUCUGAAUGCAGCAGGCUGCUCAUUUUCCUCAAUUGGCUGGAAUAGACUAUCUCUCCAUCCUCAAUGUCUUCAAGUGCCUAUUCUCCCAGCUGUCUGACUGGCCUGACAAGUUGUUUGAUGGGAAAAAUCCAAAGUAUACCAAAGACUAAAGAGUUCUGAGGAAUUCUAGUCACCAACACUUUCAAACUCAUGAGUUGCCAUAUUUACAUUAUCUCUAGGUUUUGCUCACUUUUAAUGACACACACAUCUUUUAAUGGUACACACAGUCAGAGUCAUUUAAAUUGUAUUAGUGAAAAGUCAAUAUUACACUAUUGCCUUGUAAUUCAUCAGGGAUUUCUAAUUUCUGGGCCACGGUAAUAGAGUUCAAGCACUCCUGGCACAACGACAAACUCUUUCAAUGCCAUUUUCACAAGCAUGGAAUGUGAAGCUGAAAGACAACUGAAUGGGAUUCUGGCUGAACUAUGUACAGUAUAAACAUGAAACAACAAAUCAGUUUGAAACGUUAUACAGAAUGUUUAUAUCUGAAUUUUCUGUUACUCAGAACCAUUUAACUAGGGUCCAGCUCAACUUGUUUCACACUUACAUUGGUUGACCUUACCUUUUUGAUACCUCAUAAACAAAAUGGAUGUAAAUGAGGUUUUUUGAAUCCUAUUUCAUACAAAAUAUUUAAUCACUAUUGUUGACAGAUUUUACUGCAUAAAUAUUUAACUCUUGACAAAAUAAUUUUAAAAGAUCUUUUUCCAUAUUUAAAGAAUUAUUUCAAUAACUUUUUAUUGGUUUAAGAUCAAGGUGCUCAAUGAAUAUAUGUGUGAUGUGGCCUUCAAUUGGUGUACCAUCUUCAUUUCAUAUUUCCAUAAACAUUUUAGUGAGAGCUGGUAUGGUAAGCAUUACUGCUUCUGUAAAUUAAUUCCUAAAAUAGUUUAUUGUAUGCAUAAGAUUGUCUGUCAGGGAGUGUUUAGGGAAUAGAAGAAUCAGGAAGUAAAUUAAAUACCCAAUCUUUGUGAUGAUUGGCUUUGUUUAUUUGCAAUAGAAAUGUUCUCCUAGCUGUGCAAUUCUGGAUACUCAGAGUUUGCUGAAUUACAUUAAAUGAGCUACAGUUUCUUCUUAGGAAAAUGCAUGUCAUAGCGAUCUCAUGGCAUGUUGGUCUACAGAUAUAGGAGGUUUCUGCACCGCUAUGUAACUUCUUGCUUUUUAUCAUUGAUGCAGUUUUCUCAAAUGUAACUUUGGAGUUUCAAAAAGAUACUGAUUACAUGCGUGUCAUGUUAAUGUUGAUCUGUCUCUGUGGGAACCAUUUAUUGGGGUAGAUCUUAAGAUUGUAUGAAUGUGAGGAGAUAGCUGAUUUUACAGUGCUCUUCAAUUUGUAAUUGAAGUCAAUGGAACUAAAUCUCAGGGGGUAUGAAAACAGAUUUAUAUAUUGCACAUUUUUCACAAGUCAAGAUCUACCCCAUUACCCUGAAGAGUAAAUGUUUAAGCAUUGAAUACAACUAAGUGGUGUUAGUGUUGAAGAUAAUAUUGGAUAUGGGAUGGUUGAGAUGAAAAGGGCUGUCAGGGUCAAGGGGUGUGGGUGGUGUUAUAUCAGCAGUGAUUCUCCACCCACCGACAGGAAACUAUCUUUCCUACACUACAGAGAUAGGAGUUUCAGAUUGAGGGGAAUUGAUGCAUCUAAUGGACCGCACCAUGAAAUGUUUAGGUUUUAUAUUGAUGGAAGUCUUUAGUAAAGCUAUUCAGUAUAUACUGUGGGCUACAUUAGAGUGUAUAUACAUUUCAUUAAAGUGUGUGCUUUUUCAAGAUAAUAUGUGGAAAUCAAACUGAAUAGCAUUCUUUUUAUAUAGCAAGAACCAUUUUCAUUUUUAUGAGCAGUAUUAGCCAAGUAAGUCACAUUAAGAUUGCAUUAUAGUUCAAAGAGAAUAAGGUAAAUUUAUGCAAUGAAAUAUAAAUAUAAUUUAAACUUUUUCUUUAAUUAUAUCGGAAUUCUCUCUCAUGCCCCACGCAGCCGAAUAACCAUCCAUUAAAUUAAGUGCAAGGUGGUCCAAGGUGAAUAUAAUUACAGACUGUACCAGACUAACAGUGGGCAUGGAGAAAUUCCAUGCCUUUUUGCCACAGUUACAUCCCUUACAGGAAUAUGGGGAUACAGAGAUAAUUUGAAGAAUGGUUUUGAAGUAGAAGAUCUGGCAUGAUUUAGCUGAAUGGGAAGCAACCUCAAAGGGUUAAAUGGCUAUUCCUGCUGAUGCUUCUUACAUUCAAAAUGCUUGUUUCCCUCAUUCUCAAAGAGAAUAUUUUACUCCUUCAUAGGAAGAUUACCUUGUGUGUAUAAACUUACAAAAGUUUUUAGAGUUGAAUCUAUUGAUUACCAGUAUGGUGAUCUCAUCCUUUAAAUUAUGAGCUGCCUUCCAGUACUUCUUCAUAAGAAACUUGAUUAUUUUCCAUUUUCUUAAAGAAAUCUUGUUUCAUUAAAGUGUGCGCAAUUUCAAGAUAAAAGGAGUUCGUCCAAAGAGCCUCCACUGAUGAGUAUGUGUCCUUAAAGUAUUUUAUCUAAUUCACUGCAUAAACCAUGCACUAUUUUUAAUAUGGCUUAAUUGGGACACAUAGUUUCCAACCUUUCAAUCGCCCGAGGAAAAAUAAUCCAUAUGUUUUCAAAAAUGUUUAAACUGUUGAAAUUUUGAAUUGAAAAUCGUUGAGAAUUCCUGAGACUGUGGGCAUCAGAUGUAUUCAAGAUCAAGUACAGCCCUUUUCCUCUGUCCAGUAAUUAGAAAUAUAAAGGUAGAUACAAGGAGAAAUAAAUAUGUGGAAUGAUUAAGUAUUACGUAAUGAUAUAGCAAUUCAAACUGCUGUUCUAUUAUGCUUAAACAGAACUGAUUCAGCACUUGUAUGCUGUUAUGUCCCGCUUCACCGAGAUCCAAUAUUUUGUCGAACCCCUUAACCGGUAUUCCAUAUGUAUU